AUGAUAAAACCCGAUUCUCCUUGCAAUAGAAUAAUAAUCAAAGUGAGUUUUAGCCAUGCGGAUUCCCAAAAUAUCUCAUAUUUUGUGAAUAAUUCAAAUACUCAAAAAAAUGUCAUUUAUUUAUUUUUAGAUGGAGACUACUACAGAAUUCGUUGACACAACCGAUCAUUCAAUUUAUGGUCUUGUUGUUUUUCUGGUUAUUUUGAUAUUUUUCGCAUCACUUACUACUGGUUUGAUUUUAUGUCUUCUCAAAAUUUGGUGCUCUUUUCAUCAACAAAGAAGAAAUUCAGUCGCUUCACAGGUAAACUUUUUUUUCAAAAAUGUUAACAAGAUGAGGAAGAGCAUCUAGAACAAAUUUCUAAAUUCAUCCAAUUACGAAUAAUGCGAUUUAGUUUCAAGAUAUGUAUUUCUUCUCACAUUCAAAAAGAAAAGUGUAGUUUUGGCUAUUUUUGAAAAACUAUGUAUAUUUUUUUGAAUUAAUUAGUUAAAUAUAAAAAUAAUCAUGACUAAAACUUUCCUGAAUCGGGUUUGUAGAACUUCAAAAGUUAUUUGGAGUAAUGUGGUUGAGUAAGUUCCUAAAUGCAUAAACUUUUCAGGAAACUGAAAAACACGUUCUGUUAUUUUUUUUAAAGUUAUUCCAAGCCCAAUCUUCAAUCACGUAUUUGCCCAAAUUCUAUUGAGGUCUGAAAAAAACGAACUUUCGAAUAUGACGUUUUUGUUAGGAUGUUCAAUCAACAACAAAAAAUCCUAUUCUUCCAGUUCGCCUCUUUUCUUUCUCUCAUCAACAACAUUUUUCCAGAGAAUCCGAAGAUCAAUAGUUCGUGGCUCUCCAAACUUUGACAGCGACAGUGAUGAAGAAUCAGAUGUUCAAAAUACUUUAUCAAAACGAAGAUUUUGUAAGUGCUAAUGAAAGCUUUCUUGAAAAUCAUUGAAUUUUCAGCGCAACGAUUAAUGAGUUAUGUCACAAAAACGCUGGAUAAACGAGACAGUGUGAAAAGUUCGAAGAAAAGUAAUGUGGAUCAACCACAGAUUCAUGGCCGAACUGGAUCUUCGAGUAGUAGCCGACGAGUUCCAGAAAUUAAUAUUGAUCCGGUAAUUUCUGAGAUACAAAAGAAAUUACUGAAAGAUAACUGAAGUUUUUGUAGACAUCUGAUGCGAUGGAAUCAAUGCUGAAAGGACUUCAAGGAGUUCCACCACCUGUACGCCGACCAAUUUUGGAUGAAAAUGAUCCAACCAAUGUUAUUGAUGUUUGA